CACACAUACACACACAAAUGUACUAAGUAAGUUCAUACUGCGUAUUGCCUUUCUGACUUCGGUGUGAAAAUAUAUAAAUAAAAAAAAAAAAUGUCAGUCGCGCCGGGACCCGGGGAUUUUCGAGCGACCGAAAUAUAAUAUAAUAAGUAUUUAAUCGUGUCCCGAUGAGGCGCGUUAUUGGUCGCGUUUUCCGUUUCCCUGGCUUCUCCGUUUUAGCUUUCCGUUUUCUUUCUCGGGAAAAUUGGAGAGGGAGAAGGAACGAACGGGGGAAGAAACGUUCUUCUUUCUUUUUUUUUUCUCUCGCCCAUUUCACCUCGGUCUUCCCACCUUUCGAUCUCUUUCUCGAGUGUUGGUCGUCGAUCAAACCGAGGCUAUCCAAUCCGAGAACUAUCGAGCGAAACGGAAGCCGCGACAGGGCGCGCUCGAAAGAACAAAAGAAAUCUUUUUUCACGGAUCCGCUGAAAGAUGUCCCAGGACGCCCAAGUCCCCGUGUCUCCGCCGGCUGUGUCUGUUUCAUGUUUUUCAAUAUUUGUAAUUUAUCGAUAAAAUUAUAAAAGGUAUCGAUAACAGUCUAAAGUGUGCGCUAUACUCUACAUAAUAUUAUUAUAUAUAAAGUAUAAAAGUAUACAUUAUAUAUAUAUAUUAUAUAUAUAUACAUAUAUAUUAUAUAUGAGAAGUAUAAUAUAUAUAUAUUAUACACACAUUGGGAUUGGUGAGAAUAUACGGUUUUUUCGCUUUGGAGUGUUAUUUUCUGAAAAUAUUGAACAAAAUGUGGAAAAAAAAAUUAAAAAAUAAAAUCAAUGAAUAAAAAACGAACGAACCGUUCUACUCUGACUAUUCUUUUAUUGCAAUCUAUCCCAAAAUCUUGCCGACAACCGCCUUCUAGAUUCGAUUCGAUCUCAACGAGCAUCGAUUGCCCUGUGUCAUCGAAGAUGUUCCGUGUCAUCGUUUAAGAAGAUUCGUCGGUAAACGAGAAUAGAAAUGUCGAAUUUAAGAACAAAUGUAAUCAAGGAAAAUGCAGGUGCCCGAUCAAUUAAGGUUUCUAAUCGGAACAUUUAUUUAUAUCUAUACGUCACAUUUCGUUCACUGGUUAACGGAAACUUGAUUUCAACGACGAAUUCAUGAAAUUCAAAUUGCUUGUUAAUUACAGCGAACCGAAACGGAGUCGAUCGACGAAUUCAAUGUUUGCGGUGGUUUUGUCAAAAAGUUUCUGCCAACGCUUCCACGUACGUUCAAGAGCUUGUUUGACACGUCGAUCGGUAUCGAAAACGACAAACCUCAAGAACUCAUUAAGUUAGAAUUCUAUAAAUCGAAAGAUAUCGAGUUGAAGUAUACGACAUCUUUUCUUUUCCUACAGAUUAUUAGGAGAUCUUCUUGGAAUUGACGAUUAUGCCACGAACAUGGCAUCCUUUUGGUUCUUGGAUACAUUGGUUCUUUACAUGAUACGAUACAGAGAGAAUCUCGAUGAGUAUUACAUGAGUGUUUUGAUCAGUUGGUUGGCUGGGGAAAUUAGAUUACUCCGAGAUAGGAAACAUACUCGGGAAGGAUUUUUUAGAGAAUUGAAAAACAUUUUCAUCGCAGCAGCUAACAAAAUAUCUGAACAGAAACAAAUGCCAUAUUGGGACGAAAUCGUGGACGAACGCGAAGCAGGUGAAGAAAUAGAAGAAAGACUGUCAACAGGAAAUCAAUCGAUAAGAAGUUUACGAGAACCUUCUUCUGAAGCUGACAUCAAACUUUCGGGUACUAUCGAUCCAGUUUCCGUAUUAGAUAUCGUGAUUGAAGCUACUUACGAUAUGUACGCGAACGAGCUACGAUACGCCCUCAUUUACGCGGUUUUCGUGGAACCAAUUGAAAUAGAGACUUACAAUUUACCAUUUACUUUCCGAACACCACGCCCAGUGAAACCGGCAGAUCCUAAGAUGAUCCCUUUUAAUAUACAAUUGCAAAGAAAUUUGAAAAGAAUCGAGACAAUGAACAAAUCUAAAAAGGACAAUAAAGCAGGCAAAAAACUUAAAACAAAUUACGAAAUAUCCCCAACACCUCCGCCUUCUUUGGACGAUGAAGUAAUGUUGAUGACCAAUCGGUUAUUUAUUCUACCAUUAAUAGAAGCGAACGAAUCAUCGGACAUAUUCGACACGCCUGAUGCAUAACAUUAAAUAACCGAACACGAAAAUAUUUGGAGAACAUCCUCUUUAUUUUUCUUUUGUAAAACUAGCCAUUGGACGGUUACAAUAUCACUCUGUUACGAGGACUGUACCCCAUUCAUAACACUUGAAAUCUUUAAUACUUUCCGAACGUAAAGGGACGUCGAGUUUAACAAAUUUCGAAGAACUCGAAAGUUUUUCCGGGGAUUGCCCUAAUUGUCCGUAUUUGUUGCAUCCACAUCCCCAAAGCGUUCCAUCAUCUGUUGGAAAAGUAAAUUUCUGCAAUACAUUUUUUUCUAAAAUAACAAUAUCUUUUUCUUUUUUUUUUCUUUAAAUAUACCCGUUAUACAAAUGGUGAAAGUAUUUCCACAUUGAACUUUUUUCACAGAAACUUCUAUAUUCUCGUCUUGAUCGUUUGUGAAAUCUACUAACGUGGGUGUAGCAACUACUUUGCUCUCUUGCUUUGUCAGCCCUAAUUCUCCAUUUGUGUUCCAUCCCCACGUAUAUAAGUCACCCUAUGGUUUAAAAAUAACUAUUGCCAACUAUGUCCAUCGAUUUGGUUUGCUCUAGUAGUACGAAAAAUAUUUAUAAACUGCGAAUGUUUAUACAACCCUAUAUUUCUAUGAACAUAACUAAAGAAAUGGAACUUACAUAGAAAUUUAUUUCGUCUAUUAAAUAUUAUAAUAAGUAAUCUUACUUUAAAUAUAUUAUGUAUUUUUACACA